GUGUGGAAAGUGCUCCCUGACUCGAACAAAGCGCCACAGUAGAGAUCUUGCUGCGCUUCUUCAAGACUUCAGCACCUGUAUGCAUGUGUGUGAAGACGUGGGACUUGAACAACACUUCGCUGCUUUGGACAAAGACGUCAGUCCUGUCGAAUCCUCGUUUGCUUGACCACAAUCGUUUGUGCCCUGCAACAGCAGACUCCUGAUAUUGAUGCAGCGAUCCAUCUAGACACCCAGUUGUUGUCGCGCUUGUGUUGACGAGCAUUCAUCGACAACUGAGCGAGGAUCACGCCGCGCCUCAAAGAGGAGAUGGCAGCAGCCUCUAAACAAGAAAUGACAUCUCAAGACGAGGCUGCUUCAACAGCAACCUUGCCGAAUUCGACGAGAAAGCCAAAGGUGUGCCAUUUCUACAACACCAAAACCGGCUGUCGAGCAGGAAACGCCUGUCGCUUCCUCCACGUGCAAAACCAGGAGGCGCAUGGCAAAUCCCAACCGGUUGCUCAAGAUGGCCAACCCUCAGACAUUUGCACUGUGCCUUUCGAGGCGCAAAGCUCAAACCAGACUGUCACGCGGGCAAAGGUGGUUGCUAGGCCUGUACCGCAGGCAGAGACAGCAGACCCGCGUGCUUUCCAACUUGCGCAGAUUCAGCGUCGCUUCAAGCCUUCAGUUGUUGAGCGCGAAGAUGCUACGGUGCUUACGUUUGGCAUGAAACCUUCUGAUCCGGACUUUCCUUACGAAAUUGACGAGCUUGAGUGUGUUCUUAACGUACCGAAAGUCUUUCCAGCUGCGGCAAAGCCGCAACUGCGAGUCGCUAACAAGGAUAUACCGCGCGGCUUCCAGAUCAACAUAGAGCGUGGAUUCGACGCCAUCGCUGUCGCUACGCCUACAGCUACAUUGCUUAGCAUUAUGAACCGACUAGACCGGCAAUUGGAGACGAUUCUCGCAGGUCGCACGGCGGAGACUGUCACGAUUGUGCCAAACAGGCUGCCGGUAUCAGUCAAAAUAACGACGCCAACCCCCAUUGCUGAUAAUGUACGCAAUGCUGAGCCCAGUGUUGGACAAAUUAGACCAAGUGAGGAGGAACGAGCUGCCGCGCACGCAAGGCGUCAGGCUCAUACUAGGCAGCUGGAGGCUCGCUUCAGCCGGCUACCGUCUUUCCACAAAAGUGCCGAUGGUCAGCUAUAUACCCUGCCAUUGCUCUCACAGAAGAAAGCUACGUGGCCACCCUCGCUGCAGGCGCUUGCAACUUUUGAUCUGCAAGUCUCCCAGCAAUACCCUCUUGAUCCCGCAACAGUACGUCUAGUAACCGAUAGCGAGGAUGCCAGAAACGUUGAAGAGGCCUUCAAAGCCUUUUCCCGCGCCGCUGGUGGUCUUUCUUUGACCCAGCUUGCGAAUCACCUCGUCCAGCACCUGCCGGACAUGGCGAAAGCGCCAACAGCUAACCUCUCAGGGACUGCUCCGCUGGGAGUCAAGCAGUAUAGUGCUACAGCCCCUCCCGUUCCUGAAGCGCAAGCUGAGCAGCAGCCUUUGGAUUCUGUCUCAGCUGUCCCGCCACACCAGUCUGCCACAGGCGGAAUCGGAGACCGCACACAUAUCCAUAUCAUACCUCGCCCGCCCGAGUGGGGUCAGCAGCAAGCGGCUCAUGAUAGCAGCAGCGACGACGAGACGGACAGCGAUGAUUAUACAACAGAUGAAGCCGAGGAAGCUGGACAUCAUGACGAGCACGGUGACUCGUCUGCGCCUGCUUCGACUCCAUUAGAACGUGGUAUUUUGCUGUCAUUCCCACACAUGGAGCUCUAUGGCAUCGAGCUCCUGGAAAUCACAUCACUCUCUAUAACGAUCAAAUGCGAGCGCUGCAAAGACACCAUGGAUGUCCAGCGUCUGCGCAGCUACUCUGGAGACGUAGCAAGCAUGCGGCAAGAGACCUGCAAAAAGUGUGCAAGCGUGCUAGCUGUCGGCUUCAGAGCGGAUUUGGUCCAUGCCAAUUCCGUAAGAGGUGGAUAUUUGGAUCUCGACGGUUGCACCGUCAUCGACAUGCUCCCGAGCAACUUCACUCCCACAUGUGCCGAAUGCUCAACGGCCUUACCUGCGCCAGGUGUGGUCUCCGUAAGGGGCGACUCAAGCUUCGCAAUCUGCAGAGAGUGCCACCGUAAAAUGACCUUCCGUAUCGUUGAGGUGAAGUUCCUGCAGGUCAGCGCAACCGCCAUAAGAGCAAGCAAAGCCUUUGGCCAAAAGAAGAAAAAGGAGAAUCUCGGCAUCACAGCUGGCACCCAGCUGCCCCGGCGCGGUCGCUGCUCGCACUAUGCAAAAGUCUGCAAGCACAACCACAUCUUGAUCAUAUGAUACCUUUGGCUGACCGCUUUGGCAGAGUUACCGAUGGUUUAGAUUCUCCUGCUGCUCGAAAGUCUUCGCAUGCG